AUGCGCGAGCAGGACAAGCCUAUCCCCGAGGAGAAGGGAGAGCACGUUGGCUCCUUCUCCAGAACAGACGACUCGAUCGAGAUCCCCUUCGAUGAGAAGACUGUGCCCAAACAAGAGCCCGUCCAAGGCCGUGGAGGCUUCCAUUUCCAAAGAACUCUCGCUUCCUUCUCCCUCGAAGGCAAGACCGCCGUCGUUACUGGUGGUGCCAGGGGUCUUGGUCUGGUCAUGGCACAAGCAUUGGUCGUCUCCGGAGCAGAUGUCGCCCUUGUCGAUCUCAAUAAGGAGGAAGCAGAGAAGCAGGCCAAGGAGUUGGUCAAGGUCUUCAAGGAUGAGAACCCCGGCGCCGACAGAGUACCCAAGGUCACCGGUCACUUCUGCGAUGUGAGCGACGAGCACUCUGUCGAGAGCGUCCUCUCGGAUGUCAUCAGUCAGCACGGCAAGAUCGACAACCUUGUCACAUCAGCAGGCUUCACAGAGAACUUCGACGCCAUCAAGUACCCCAUUGACCGUGUAAGAAAGCUCUGGGGUGUCAACGUCGACGGCACCUACCUGUUCGCUACCGGAGUCGCUCGUCACCUCAUGGAGCGCAAGGCUCCCGGUAGUAUCGUCUUCAUCGGCAGUAUGAGUGGUGCCAUUGUCAACGUUCCUCAGCCUCAGGCUCCCUACAACGCUUCCAAGGCCGCUGUGCGUCAUCUCGGCCGCUCGCUGGCCGUCGAGUGGGCUCACGCCAACAUCAGAGUCAACGUUAUCGAGCCCGGUUACAUGCUCACUGCUUUGACCGAGAAGAUCUUGAACGAAAACCCCGAACUCGGUAACAAGUGGACCAGCUUGAUUCCCCAGGGCAAGAUGGGCCGCCCGGUCGAUCUCAUGGGCCCCGUCGUAUUCCUCUGCAGCGACGCCUCCAACUAUGUCACCGGAGCCGACCUGCGUGUAGAUGGUGGUUACACCUGCACUUAA